AUGGAAUACGCAACGCUCGAGUCGCGUCUAGCGACCUUCGAACCGCCGACAAAACGCUCCAAAAUCGGCUGGCCGCACAAAACACCCACCCCGGACGAAGUCGCCCGCGCGGGCUUCUACUACAAACCCUCCAAAUCCAGCAAUGAUAACACCAUCUGUUAUCUCUGCGCAAGCCAACUCGGUGGGUGGGAGGCCGAUGAUGACCCGGUCGAAGAGCACUUGAAGCACUCUCCAGGAUGCGGGUGGGCUAUAUUGAUGAACGCGUCGCAAGAGGCGAAGCAAAACCCCGAUACCAUCGAAGAUCCCACGGGUCAACUCCUCACAGAUGCAAGGCGAGCAACCUUUGCCAUUGGCUGGCCACACGAGUCAAAGCGGGCAUGGAAAUGCAAGACGGAGAGAAUGGUCGAAGCGGGGUGGCAUUUUGCACCCGUUGCAGAGGGCGAGGAUUAUGUGUCCUGCGCUUACUGCAAGUUGUCGCUAGAUGGCUGGGAACCAAAAGACGACGCUUUCCAAGAACACUAUAGACGAUCGCCAGAUUGUGUUUUCUUCCAGUUCGCAGGGAAUACCGCGCCGGCUAAGCGCCCAAAAGCGAAGAAGGGACGCGCGUCAAGGACGUCGAGAUCAUCCAAGGCUUCGACGCGGUUAUCAACACAGUCAAACUCGCAAGACGUGACUAGCUUGUCCGAGGUUCCUAGUGUCGCCCUCGAGGAUAUCCCGGAUCUGGAUGACUCGAUCGACGCGAGUGAGAUGUCUACCAUGUCGGUCAUGUCAACAGCAUCUACAGCAACCGCGAAAGGCAAACGGAAAGGCGCAGGAGGUCGGUCAAAGGCAACAAAGUCGAAGAAAGCCAAGACCACGCGAUCCACAAAGACGAAGAAGGAAGAGUCACAACCUGAAAUUGAGCUUGAAAUGCAGCCCGAGCCAGUACAGGCGAUAGCAGAGACUUCGAAAAGCGUCGCCGCCGAUCCUGUACUGUUACAGGCAGAAGAGAUGUAUCGGACGCCUGAAGUCGAAGACCAAGAGGAGCAAGUUGUGCCUGAUGCUGAGCCUAUCCCAGCGGCAGAAGUCGCGUACCCAAACAUUCCACCAAAGAACACUCCUCCCAGGGUAACGAACUCACCGCGCCAUUUAAGCCCCGUUGCCGCACAGGAUCACUCGCCCACGCCAAUAAAACCACGCUCAAAUCGUUCGUCACUAGCAUCCACCAGGAAAAUAACACCCCAGUCAGCAACAACAGGAUCACGAAUACAGCCAAAAUCUAUCACCACGCCCUCACCUGCACCAACCCAACCCCAAACUCAAACUCAACAGGCUAAUACCCACUCACCUUCCCCUUUCCCGUCGCCAGCAACAGCAACAUCCGACAUCGAGAACGCCCCUCCUUCGACGCGCUCUCCACGGUCGCGCCCUCCAAUCCCAACAUCCUCCUCGAUCUCGCCCGCCGUUCCUCCCAACGCCAACCCGAACCACAGCCUUGAGGACAUUUCUUCUACGCCCGGCAAGCUCAUGGCCCAACCCAAUUGGAUCCCCGCGGACGUGGAACUGAUCUUCGCGCCCACCACGCCCGCACGCGCCGAGAACGAGAUUCUUCUCGCAUUGACGGGCGCGCAGCUCUCAAGCCCGGAGAAGGAAAUGACGGUGCAGGAGUGGAUCGAGUUUAUCGCCGCGCGGGCCGAGGAGGGGUUGCGCACCGAGGCCGAGCGCGUGGUGGGCGUGUUUGAGCGCGAGGGCCAGCGCGCCAUGGGCGUGUUGGAGCGGAUUUCUUGUAUGUGA